AUGAAGGGAGUGGAAAACGGCAACGCAUGGCCUCUCCAGUUGGCAAAUGGCAACCCAGUCAGUGAGUUUGGUUUGAUGUGCUUGAAUGAUGACAGCUUCUGUCUGCAAAAAGCUAUGUCGCUGUGGAUUCUUGAUCCUGCUGGACGUGAUGCAACUGUUUUGAGAGAAGCUCUAAGUGGUGAAACUAUGGAUCUGAGAGCAGCCACUGAGAUUAUAUGUUCCAGGACACCAUCACAGUUGCAAAUAAUGAAACAGACUUAUUAUGCUAGAUUCGGUACAUAUCUUGAGCAUGACAUUGGUCACCACACAUCUGGCGAUCACCAGAAGCUUUUACUUGCCUAUGUGGGGAUUCCACGCUAUGAAGGUCCUGAGGUUGAUCCUACCAUUGUGACACAUGAUGCAAAGGAUUUGUACAAAGCUGGUGAGAAAAGGCUGGGCACGGAUGAGAAGACCUUUAUCCGUGUUUUCACUGAACGCAGUUGGGCACACUUGGCAUCUGUUUCUUCUGCUUACCAUCAUAUGUAUGACCGGAAAUUAGACAAGGUUAUCAAGAGCGAAACAUCUGGAAACUUUGAAUUUGCACUUUUGACUAUCCUCAGAUGCGCGGAAACCCCAGCAAAGUAUUUUGCUAAGCUCUUACGAAAGGCCAUGAAAGGUCUAGGCACUGAUGACAAGACACUUAUAAGGGUCGUGGUGACGAGGACUGAGAUUGAUAUGCAAUAUAUCAAGGCAGAGUACUUCAAGAAGUAUAAGAAGCCAUUAGCUGAGGCUAUCAACUCCGAGACAUCAGGAGACUAUCGGACGUUCCUUCUUUCACUUGUUGGUCAUGGCCAUUAG